AUGAAGAACAGCGAGGUUAGGUCCCAUUUAAGCAGACUAAGACAGAGUUUAAGUAAGAGAAAGAUGAAGUGUUUAUGUUCUGGUGAAGAAAUGAGACUUAUAGAGGAGCAAGACAACAAUCAAGCAGACCUUGUUGAUAAGCUUGAUAAUGGGAACAUUGACGAGGUACAGUUAUCUCUGAGAGAGACUAAUUCAUUAAACUACGAGGUUCUGUUCUCUUCAUCACCCUUGAAAAGCUGUAUCAUUGUGUUGUUAUUGUUACUGUUUCAGGAGGCGAGAGCGCAUUUGGGGAGAAUUGAGUAUCAGAAUGGGAACAUAGAGGCAGCAUUACGAGUCUUUGAAGAGAUUGAUAUCAAUGGGAUCACAGCAAAGAUCAAAACCGCUUUAACUUUUAGACAAGAACCAAAACAUAGAAGACGGUCCAAAACCACCUUUGCUCCUCCCAUGUCUAAACAUGCUGUUAGUUUGCUCUUUGAAGCUAUUUUCCUCAAAGCCAAGUCUCUCCAGCGUCUUGGAAGGUUCCAAGAAGCUGCACAGUCUUGCAAAGUUAUUCUUGAUAUAGUGGAGGCUUCUAGAUCUGAAAAUGUGAUAACCGAUGUUAAGUUGAAGGAGACGCUAACCAAAGCAGUUGAGCUGCUUCCUCAGCUGUGGAAACUAGCUGACUCGCCGCGUGAUGCUAUCUUCUCUUUUAGAAGAGCGCUACUCAAUCACUGGAACCUUGAUCCUGAAACCACAGCGAGGAUACAGAAAGAGUACGCAGUGUUUCUUCUAUACUCCGGUGAAGAAGCUCUGCCGCCGAGCCUGCGUUCUCAAACUGAAGGAUCUUUUAUUCCGAGGAACAAUGUGGAGGAAGCUGUUCUUCUCCUCAUGUUGCUUCUCUGGAAAGUUAACCAGAAGAGAAUCUCUUGGGAUGCAGCAAUCUUGGACCAUCUUUCUUUCGCUCUUACAGUGGCAGGGGAUCUAACUGCUCUGGCUAAGCAGCUUGAAGAGCUUAGUCCUGAGAUUUUGGACCAGAGGGAGCUUUAUUAUACGUUGUCUUUGUGUUAUUACGGUGCAGGAGAAGAUCUUGUAGCGCUCGGUUUGCUGAGGAAGCUGGAGGAUCCAAACCGGGUUCAACGUUUGCUUAUGGCUUCCAAGAUAUGUGGUGAGAGGUCUGAACUCGCUGAGGAAGGCUUAGACUAUGCGAGGAGAGCUAUGGGAAGCUUAGGCAACGAAUGUGUUCAGUUAGAUAGUACAGCGCGUCUUGUUUUAGGCAUUGCACUCACUGAAAGCUCGAGAGCAUCAGCUACUGAGACCGAGCGGGUAGCUAGGUUGUCUGAGGGGAUGCAGGCUCUUGAGUCUGCGGAUAUGACAGAUCCCAGAGUCCUGCACCGUCUUGCGUUAGAGAAUGCAGAGGAGAGGAAGCUUGAUUCAGCGUUAGCAUAUGCUAAACAUGCGUUGAAGCUUGGAGCAGAGUCUGAUCUUGAAGUAUGGUUGCUUCUGGCUCGUGUUUUAUCUGCUAAGAAGCGGUUUACAGAUGCUGAGAGCAUUGUGGAUGCAGCGCUUAACGAGACAGGGAAGUGGGAACAAGGGAAGCUGUUGCGUUUGAAGGCAAAGCUUCGUGUAGCUAAAGGAGAAGUGAAGGAUGGGAUUGAGUCUUACACACAACUUCUUGCACUCCUUCAGGUUCAAAGCAAAAACUUCAGUGCUGCAAAGAAGAUGCCAAAGGGGUAUGUUGAGGGUUUGAGGAGUCUUGAGCUUGGGACGUGGCAUGACCUUGCUCUUAUCUAUAUAAACCUCUCGCAGUGGCGUGACGCGGAGAAAUGUCUCUCGAGAUCAAGACUCAUCGCUCCUUACUCACCUGUAAGAUACCACACUCAAGGUGUACUGUACAAGAGACAAGGCCAACUAGAAGAGGCCAUGGAGGCAUUCACAACUGCUCUAGACAUCGAUCCAAUGCACGUUCCAAGCCUAAUAUCUAAAGCUGAGAUGCUACUGGAGCUAGGGAAGGGAUCAAGCAUAGCAGUUGUGAGAAGCUUUUUAAUGGAGGCUCUUAGGAUUGAUAGGCUGAACCAUUCGGCUUGGUUUAAUCUUGGGAAGAUGUUCAAAGCUGAAGGAUCUGUCUCGUCUAUGCAAGAAGCUGUGGAGUGUUUUCAGGCGGCUGUUACGUUCGAGGAAACAAUGCCAGUGGAGCCAUUCAGAUGAUGUUUUGUUGUGUGUUUUUGAUAGAUGUAUGUAUGUGUGGGUAUCUCAUUUGAUGUGAGGUUUAUAAACGUUCGGUUAUACAGAUAGGUUUUUGUGGAAGACAGAUAACAUUCAUAAUAGAGAACUUUAG